AUGUCGACCGCCCCUCGGGUCAUUGUCGUCGGUGGUGGAUUGUCUGGCCUCAGUGCCGCUCAUACUGUCUACCUGAACGGCGGAAAUGUUCUCGUUCUCGACAAGCAAGCAUUCUUCGGUGGCAACUCCACCAAGGCUACCUCGGGGAUCAACGGUGCCCUGACCCGUACACAGGUCGACCUCAACAUCCAAGAUAGCGUCAAGACGUUUUAUGAAGAUACCCUUAAGUCUGCCAGAGAUAAGGCCCGUCCGGAUCUCAUCAAGGUCCUCACCUACAAAUCCGCCGCCGCCGUCGAGUGGCUGCAGGACCAGUUUAACCUAGACUUGACGCUGGUUUCCCGUCUAGGGGGUCAUUCACAGCCUCGCACGCACCGUGGCCACGAUGCAAAAUUCCCCGGCAUGGCCAUCACAUACGCCCUCAUGCAACGGUUAGAGGAGAUCGCCGAGGCGGAGCCCAACCGUGUCCAGAUCAUCAAGAAGGCCAAGGUCACGUCCGUCAAAAAGUCAGGGAACACCGUCACCGGUGUCAACUACGAGUACGACGGCGAGUCGCAUUCCGCCGACGGCGUCGUGGUUCUUGCUACGGGCGGCUAUGCCGCCGACUUCACCGAGUCCUCGCUGCUGAAGCAGCACCGCCCGGAUACCUUCGAUCUGUCUAGUACCAAUGGUACCCACGCCACGGGAGAUGGCCAGAAGAUGUUGAUGGCCAUCGGCGCCAAUGGUAUCGAUAUGGACAAGGUCCAGGUUCACCCGACAGGUCUGGUGGACCCCAAGGAUCCUACAGCAAAGUUCAAGUUCCUUGCUGCGGAAGCUCUUCGCGGCGAGGGUGGCCUCCUCCUGAAUUCCGAUGGCCAGCGGUUUUCGGACGAACUGGGCCAUCGGGACUACGUCUCCGGUCAGAUGUGGAAGGAGAAGGAGAAGGGCAAGUGGCCCAUCCGCCUGGUGCUGAACAGCAAGGCCUCAAACGUGCUCGACUUCCACACGCGCCACUACUCGGGCCGCGGACUGAUGAAGAAGAUCACGGGUAAGGAGUUGGCGCAGGAAAUCGGCUGUGGCGCCGCGGCGCUGCAGAAGACCUUUGACGAGUACAACGCCAUCGCGGCCGGCAAGCAGAAGGACCCCUGGGGCAAGAAGUUCUUCCAUAACCUGCCCCUCAGCAUCGACGACACCUUCCACGUUGCCCUGAUGGAGCCCGUGCUACAUUUCACCAUGGGCGGCAUCGAGAUCAACGAUCGAUCAGAGGUCCUCAACGCCGACCACAAGCCCUUUGACGGCCUGUACGCCUGCGGUGAGCUGGCCGGCGGCGUCCACGGUGCCAACCGGCUCGGUGGUUCCUCGCUUCUCGGUUGCGUCGUCUACGGCCGCGUGGCCGGUGACAGCGCGAGCGAGUAUCUCUUCAAGAAGAUCCUCGCCGGCGGCGCCUCCUCUGCCAGCCAGCGUCUAGGCCAGAUUUCCCUACACAUUGACCCGUCUACGCCCGGUAAGAUUUCCGUCGAAUGGACGGGCGCUGCCGGACCCCAAGGACCACAACAACAGCAGCAGCAGUUUGUCUCUGCUACCCCCGCCGACUCGACAGCCCCAGCCACUAGUAGCAGCACAGCUUCGACGAAAGAACCGGCUGCCUUUGAGAUCCCCGAGACCGAGUUCUCGAUGGAAGAGGUCUCCAAGCACAACAAGAAGGACGACCUGUGGAUUGUCGUCAAGGGGGUUGUUCUGGAUGUCACCAACUGGCUGGACGAGCACCCUGGUGGUGCCAACGCCUUGUUCAACUUCAUGGGACGGGAUGCUACAGAGGAAUUUGCAAUGUUACAUGACGACGAGGUGAUUCCCAAAUAUGCCUCGCAGAUUGUCAUUGGACGAGUCAAGGGGCAGACACCCAGUUUGGAGCUUUAA